GUGAUGUGGAUUCGGAGCAGCUGGAGAAGUGUCGGCAGAAUUUUGCGUGGCUCAAGCAGAGAGUUGUGCUACACCAAGCCAACACCACUGAGAGCUGUGGCAUACCAUUGCGAGACGAUUCGGUUGAUAAGGUGGUAGUAGCCCCUCCCUGGAAUCGUCAGUUUGGCAUUCACGGUAACAUAGUCGAUUUCUACAGGCGGAUGCUGCAGGAGAUUUUCCGUGUGGUCCGCCCAAGCGGCAGAGUGGUUUUGUUCGUGAGCCGCAGCAUAUUGCCCAAGUUGAAGACAGCCCUGCAGCACUCAGACAAGGCAUGGCAACUUUCUGCAGAGCGCAGCUUUGCGCUUACUCGUGCAACAACGGGUGUGAUCCUAGUACUUCAGCGGAAACGACAGGAUCCACAGGCCACUGCCUUACCUGCGAAGUUUCUGAGCUGGGAGGGACAGGCCCCAGAGUCCGGCAGAGAUCUUUACGAGUACUGGCGAAGCAUUCGGGCAAAGGGCCUUCCCAGGCUCGAGGCUGUUUCUAUUAGACAGGAUUCAACUGAAAGAGCCCAAAGCCGCAAGGCCACCCUGCGAGCUGUGCUGAUUUGUUUGCUGGGCCUUGGUUUUGUCCUGGUACUGCGCUCUAGGAGUUAA